UGUGUUUGGGCUUGAUUUUGUUUGGUUUAUAUUUAUUAUUUCAGAAGAUGAGGUGUUUUUGUUGGAGUUGGGUGUUGCUCUAGAUUUCAUUCUUGUUAUGGUGGUUUACGUACUUAUGUUGUUGUUUCUGGUUGUGAGUGUACGUGUUUUCUCUAGUAGUGAUUGGAUUUUUUAUACUUUUGUUGAGUGUUGUAAUGAAGUUUCCUGUGUUGUUGUUCUGUUCUUUGUUUGGUAA